AGGGAUGCUCUCUCCAUCCCAAUUAAUGCACCUAGAAGGCUAGAAGAUACCCUUCUUAUCUCAAUUCCUAGAGAGCUUCACUAUCAAAGCAUCAAUAAUUUCACAAACUCAUUCUCCUCUCCUCUCCUCUCCUCAGUCCUCAGCCCAGGGAGCUCAAAUGGCACCCCCAUUGUCAAAACAGCUAGGACAGUUCCUCCAAGAACAACAAGAACCUUUCACCUUACAACUCUACCUUCAUGAGAGAGGCCGUGUAACCUGCAAUUCUUCCAACUCAGAACCAAACUUCCCAGCAGCCUCAGCAAAUUCCUGCAAGUUCUUGAAGGGCACAAAUUUGCUCCCAAGAUGUCUACACCUUGUGAAGGCUGUGCUUGGCAAGCUUGCCCUCGACCCGAAAAUCAAGAAAAUCCAAGAUUCUACUGAGAGUGACAAUUUCUCCUCUGCUACAAGUGCAGAUAGUGAUGCAGAAGAUGCUGGUCCAACAAGAAUCACCUCUGCCCUUCAUGGGAAACAGGUUGUUGCAGACAGAAAGAUGAGAGCCAAGUGUGGUGAAGAUAGUAAGCAACUCAGCCCUGUCUCAGUUCUUGAAGAAACAGAAACAGAAUCCUCUGAGGAUGAUGAUGAUGAAUGUUUUGUGGGCAUGUCGGAUGGGACAAAUCUUCUAACUCCAGUAGUGUACAGCAAGAACAAGAUUGCCAGACAACAAAGUGGGAGAGCCUUGGAUUCAGAUAAACUAUGGAAGCUGAUAUGUGAGAGCUUAGUGAUGUGGAGCCAAGAUUCAGUUGAUGAAACUAACAUCAACCAUCUGGUUCUUUCUGAUUUCAUGGCUUCUGGCAAAGAAUGGAGGGGUGUUGGUGAAGUUCAGGGAAAGGAAAUUGGGGUGAGGAUUUGUGGUGUAAUUUUGGAGGAUAUUUUCUGUGAAAUUGUGAGGGAUUUGAUCAGAUUUGGUGCAUGAAAUUUAAUGCUUAUUAGUUGCAUACAAUUGAGAAUACCCUUGUUUCACCGUCGCCGAAUUGUAUUAGCUGUUUUGACGAGGAAUUAGAUUAACAGUUUGUGGGGAAAUGUUUUGUAAAAUUAGUUAUUUACAGUUAGUAGGUAAAGGUAAAAAGACAAAUCCUCAAUUGUAAUAACUUGUUUAGUGGUGUAAAUUAAUAUACUCUUUUAUCUUUCUCUC